AUGCUCAACCUGUUAUUGAUGUUCGGCGCAACGGCUAUUCUCUUCUUUCAAAAUAUUGUACCUACCGAUGCAAUCGGCCGAAACAGACUGGUCCAGCAGCCACAUAAUUCAGUUGCAACAUCACAACGAACAGACCAUCCUGCACACCUAAAACCGCAUGUCAGUGUUGUUGGCGGAUGGAAUUCACACCAUACGGAGCGAAAUUCACAUGAAGCUCGAGUUGAAGAGCGACAGGAGGAAUCUAAGGUUUCAUUUAUGCGUUUCGGUUAGGGUGGAUUCUACAGUAACGCUGGUUCCAUUAUAAACCGCCUUAUAAUCCUUACGGCUCUGUAUACACUGACUGUUU